CCUCCUCCUCCUCCUCCUCCCAGUCCCCGUCCGGGCCCGGCGGGGGGCGGAGGCCGUGCGCCUGCGCGGAGCCCGCAGUCCGGCAGGGCCGCAGCCGCGGGGUGGCCGGCCGUUGCCGUGGGGACCGCGGGCCCCUCCCUCCUCCGCUCCCCUGCCGCUCGCCGUUCCCACCGAGGCGCGGAGGACGACCCCGGCCCCCCACGCCCGCCGGCCCGGCCGGAGCUGCAGCCGGUGACCCGGCGAGAGGCGGUGCCGCUCCCAAGAUGUCGCAGACGGCCAUGUCCGAAACCUACGAUUUUUUGUUUAAGUUCUUGGUUAUUGGAAAUGCAGGAACUGGCAAGUCUUGCUUGCUUCAUCAGUUUAUAGAAAAAAAAUUCAAAGAUGACUCAAAUCAUACAAUAGGAGUGGAGUUUGGUUCAAAGAUAAUAAAUGUUGGUGGUAAAUAUGUAAAGUUACAGAUAUGGGAUACAGCAGGCCAAGAACGAUUCAGGUCUGUGACGAGAAGUUAUUACAGAGGUGCCGCGGGAGCACUCCUCGUCUACGACAUCACCAGCCGAGAAACCUACAAUGCGCUUACUAAUUGGUUAACAGAUGCCAGAAUGCUAGCGAGUCAGAACAUUGUGAUCAUCCUCUGUGGGAACAAGAAGGACCUGGACGCAGAUCGUGAAGUUACUUUCUUAGAAGCCUCCAGAUUUGCUCAAGAAAAUGAGCUGAUGUUCUUGGAAACAAGUGCACUAACGGGGGAGAAUGUGGAAGAGGCCUUUGUACAAUGUGCAAGAAAAAUACUUAACAAAAUUGAAUCAGGUGAGCUGGACCCAGAAAGAAUGGGCUCUGGUAUUCAGUACGGAGAUGCUGCCUUGAGACAGCUGAGGUCACCACGUCGCGCACAGGCCCCAAGUGCUCAGGAGUGUGGUUGUUAAAAGCAGCACGGGAGUGCACAGGACAGAAGCAGAUGGAAUACUUGCUACUCGUUCUAUGAGACCAGCGUUACCCUAAUUCCAAAACCAGACAAAGACAUGACAAGAAAACUACAGACCAGUAUCUCUCAUGAAUAUAGAUGCAAAAAUCCUCAAUAAAAUUUUAGCAAAUCAAGCCAACACUGUACAAAAAGAAUUCUAUGCCACUUCCAAGUGGGAUUUAUCCCAGGUAUGCCAGGCUGGUUCAACAUUCCAAAAUCAGUUAAUGUAAUCCAUCACAUCCAUGGGCUAAAGAAGAAAAAUCACCCGAUCACAUCAAGAGAAAAAUCAUUUGACGAAAUCCGACACCCAUUCAUGAUGAAAAUUCUCAGCAAACUACGAAUAGAGGGGAAUUUCCUCAACGUGGGGAAGAGUAUCUAUAGCAAACUGCUAACAUCAUUAAACUUGAAGCUUUCCAAUUCAUAACAAGACACAAGGAAGGAUGUCUCCGCUCACCACUCCUUUUCAGCAUCAUCCUGGAAGUUCUAGCUCAUGCAGUAAGACAAAAAAGGAAGUAAAAAGUACACAGAUAGGGAAGGAAGAAAUUAAUGUCUUUGUCACAGAUAACAUGGUUAUCUAUGUGGAAAAUCCAAAAGAAUCCACAAGAUCCUACACAAGCGGUUAUACGGCAAGGCUAUAUGGCAAGAUACAAGGUUAAUAGACAAAACUCAAUCACUUCUUUAUAUACCAGCAAUGAACAAGCGCAGUUUGAAAUUAAAAACACAAUACUGUGUAUAUUAGCAUUCAAAAAAAGGAAAUAUUUGGGUCUAAUUCUAACAAAAUAUGUAUAAGAUCUAUAUUAGGAAAAACCAAAGUGAUUCUAAAGUUGACACGGAGUGACAGAAGACCCAGAACAAGCAGCACUGUAUUGAAGGAGAAGAACAAAGCUGGACGACCAUAGAUCCUGGACUUCAAGACACUAUACAGCUAUGGUCGUCCAGACAGUUUGGUAUUGAUGAAAGCAUGAACAAAGAGAUCAGUGGACCAGAACAGAGAGCUCAGAAAUACACCCACGUCAAUAUAGUCAGCUGAUCUUUGAUGAAGGAGCAAAGAUGGUCCUUUCAACAGACGGUGCUAGAACAAGUGGCUAGCCACGUGCAAAAAAAAAAAAAAAAGGACUCUAGACACCACACACACACACACACACACACACACACACACCCCUACCCCUUACCCCCCUUUUCGCAAAGAUUAAAUCAAAAUGGAUUACAAACCUAAAUGUAAAACAUAAAACUAUAAAACUCCUACAGGAUAACGUAGGGAAAAAACCUAGGUGAUCUUCAGUGUAAUGAUGACUUUUUAGAUACACCAAAGGCACCAUCCACGAAAGAACCAGUCAAUAAGCUGGGUUCCAUUACAAAACUUGUGCUCUAGGAAAGACAUCAAGAGAGUGAGAAGACAAGCCAAAGACUGGGAGAAAAUAUUUCUGAAAGACAUCUAGUUAAGGAUUGUUAUCCAAAUAAUACAAAGAACCCUUAAAACUUAACAGAAAACAACCCAGUUUAUAAAUGGGCCAAAGACCUUAGCAGACACCUCACCAAAGACGACGUACCAUAGAUGUCAGUGAGUAUACGACAAGAUCGUGCACAUCAUAUGUCAUCAGGGAAAUGCAAAUUAAAACAACGAUGAGGUACCACCACAGCAUACUUACUAGAAUGGCCAAAAUAAAAGACGCGCACAACACCAGAUGCUAGUGAGGACGUGGAGCGGGAGAACUGUCAUACGUCCCUACUGGGGAUGCAAAAUGGUCCGGCCGCUUUGGAAGACAGCACGGCAGCUCUUAGAAGACUAAACAUUCUCCUACGAUGUGAUCCGGCAGUCUCACUUCUUGGUAUUUACCCAGAGGAGUUGAAAACACAAAAAUCUGCACGUGAACGCUUAAAGCAGCUUUAUUCAUAAUUACCAAAACUUGGAAACAAGUGAGAUGUCCUUCAGCAAAUGGAUCACUGAAGUAUGGUACAUCCAGGCAAUGGACAAUUCAGCGCUAAAGGAAAAAAAAAAAAAAAAAAACAAC